AUGGGGAUUGGGAAUUUUAGUAAUGAGGAGGGGGUGGAGAUGGUGAUGGUUGUGGUGGUGACUUGUAAUAGUAUGGAGGAGGUGGUGACUCAUAAUAGUAUGGAGGAGGAGGAAAUGGAAGGGGAGAUGGUGGUGAUUUGUAGUAUAUGGAGGAGGAGAUGGAGAGGGAACGAGGCAAUGGUGGUGGUGACUAGUAGUAGUAUGGAGGUGGUGGUGACUCGUAGUAGUAUGGAGAUGGUGGAGGAGGUGGCGGAGAUUUACUAUAAUAUGAUCGAUGGGCGUGGAGCUUUCAACGGCGGAGGUGAUGACUGGUGUCGACUUGUAUAUAAUAUGGUAGAUACACCACAUGUUUUGGUGGUGGUGGUAACUUGUAAUAGUAUUCAGGCAUAUGUUUCAAUAGCUUUGGAAGAUGAGAGUUGUAAUGGUGUGGAAGAUGCUCAACAUGUUUUGGCAUUGAUGGUAGCUUGUAAGAUGGGUGUUUGUAGAUGGUUUGAGGAUGAUAAGGAGGUGGUGGAGCGGAGACGUAGCUCUGGUGCAACCAUUUAUACAGUGAUCUCUCCUGUGCAGGUAGGUGCAUUUGUACGUCAAGCACGAGUUAGUGGCAUCCCAAUCAGAACUGCUUAA